CCCCGUCCGCGUCCCCCCUUUUCCUUCCCAGUCCCCUUGGAGUCCCGGCCCACAGCUCCAGGCCGGGUCCCAGCCCUUCCCUCGAGACACUGCGGCCCCACUCCCCCAGCCUCCUCCCCAGGACCCGCCUUGGGGGCGGAGCCGAGCCGGCGGGAGCAGAGGCUCAGUCGCCCGAGCCGGCUUCAGAGGGCGGCAGCAGCCACAGCCACCGCCAGCGCCAGCACCGCCGCCGCCGCCGCCGCGGUGGGAAGACGGACUCACAGGCACGGAGGGCCAAGGAGCCGCGCCGGGGGCCGGACGGAGCCUGGACCGGCUGCAGCCGCUGCCGCCCAGAUCUGGGCUCCUGAACGCGGGCGCCCACCAUGUUGCAGAAGACCAGCAGGAGGACCCCUUUUCCCCUGGCUCGUGGGAUACCACCAUGUUAGCCCUACAGAGCCCAGGGGCCACAGAGCUCUGUUCUAUAGGGGGAGACAUGAUGGCCAACCAUGUGGACCUCCUGACUGAGCUUCAGCUCCUGGAGAAGGUGCCCACCUUGGAGAGGCUGCGGGCGGCCCAGAAACGCCGAGCCCAGCAGUUGAAGAAAUGGGCCCAGUAUGAGAAAGAGUUGCAGCACCGCAAGCGGAAGCAUGAGAAGAAAAGGAGCACCACCAGCAGAAAGAAGGUGUCCUUUGAGGCCAGCGUGGCGUUGCUUGAAGCUUCCUUAAGGAAUGAUGCGGAGGAAGUACGCUACUUUCUGAAGAACAAGAUAAGCCCUGACCUAUGCAAUGAAGAUGGACUCACUGCACUGCAUCAGUGCUGCAUAGACAACUUUGAAGAGAUAGUCAAGCUUCUGCUGAGCCAUGGCGCCAACGUCAAUGCCAAGGACAAUGAGCUGUGGACGCCCCUGCAUGCUGCUGCCACCUGUGGCCACAUUAACCUGGUGAAAAUCCUCAUUCAAUAUGGGGCAGAUUUGCUUGCAGUCAACUCGGAUGGAAACAUGCCCUAUGACCUCUGUGAAGAUGAACCAACCCUCGAUGUGAUUGAGACUUGCAUGGCAUAUCAGGGCAUCACCCAGGAGAAAAUCAAUGAGAUGCGGGCGGCUCCUGAGCAGCAGAUGAUCACCGACAUCCACUGCAUGAUUGCAGCGGGUCAGGACCUAGACUGGACUGAUGCUCAAGGAGCCACUCUGCUGCACAUUGCUGGGGCCAAUGGAUUCCUUCAUGCGGCUGAGCUCCUUCUUGAUCAGGGAGUACGAGUGGAUGUCAAGGACUGGGAUGGCUGGGAGCCUCUCCAUGCAGCUGCCUUCUGGGGCCAGAUGCAGAUGGCGGAGCUGCUGGUGUCCCAUGGAGCCAGUCUCAGUGCUCGGACAUCCAUGGAUGAGAUGCCUAUAGAUCUAUGUGAGGAGGAGGAGUUCAAGGUGCUGCUGUUGGAGCUGAAGCACAAACAUGAUGUGAUCAUGAAGUCCCAGCUGAGGCACAAGUCUUCCCUGAGUCGGCGCACGUCCAGUGCGGGGAGUCGGGGGAAGGUGGUGAGACGGGCAAGCCUGUCAGACAGGACCAACUUGUACCGGAAGGAGUAUGAGGAGGAAGCCAUCGUGUGGCAGCAGCGGGCCUCAGCGGAGGAGCAGAGAAACUCCAUCUACAAUGGGGAUGUCAGAGAGACUCGCUCUGAUCAGGAGAACAAGGACCCGAACACUAUGCUGGAAAAGCCAUUGCUUCUUUCUGAAUUUAUGACCAAGAGCACACUGGGGAACACAGAGCUGCCCAUGCAGAACGGCCUCCGGGCUCCAGUCACCACUUAUCCAUACUCACUGUCUAAUGGGGACAUGCCUAUUCAGAAUGGACUCCGGGCUCCGGCCACCACCCACCCAUACUCUCUUGCCAAUGGUGACAUCUGGAAGGUUCACGAGGUGCCAGACUACACCCUGAGUGCCUCUCUUCCCUAUGGGAGCCCCGGCCUCCGUGACAUGCCGCAGGCCUGGAAUGUGUACAAGGAGCCCAGCCACCAGACACUGUCGGAGCUGAAGCGGCAGAGGGCAGCUGCCAAGCUCCUCAGUCACCCCUUUCUGAACCCCCACCUGGGUGGUGGGGUGACAGGGGUGGGUGAGGGCAGCAGCGAGAGCAAGACCCCCCUGAUCGGAACAAGAACUUCUCCCUACAGUGCCAAUGGGACUUCUGUCUAUUACACAGUAGCCAGUGGGGACCCUCCUCUCCUAAAGUUCAAGGCUCCAAUGGAGGAAAUGGAAGAGAAAGUGCGAGGCUGUUGUCGGAUUUCUUAGUCGGAUUCAGGAGGGAGGAGGACAUCAUGGCCGAGGCACUGGGCAUUCCUUGCCUGGCCGGGGGCCAGGGCCUGAGGGCAGCCCUGAGGAUGGAGAGUAGACAGGAGGCCAAUUCUCAUUUUCAGGGGCAUUGCUGAACUGCCCACGCCUGAGAGCUUAUUUUGGACUACCCUUAUCACCCUUCUGAAUGAAGAAUACCAGUUAGUAGCUUCCCGCAAAUGACUGCCAGAUGUCUGAAAUGUAACAUGAGGAAUCCCGCUCUGCUCUUGUGAAGCCUUUGCCAGUCCUAGUGUUCAAACAUUCACACUCCUCCAUGUCUCACACAUGUGCGCACACACAUACAUACACACACACACACACAUAACCGCCUGUGGCCCAUUUGUGCCAAAGACCAAAGGGGGUGGCUAUAACAGAAAGGUGUACGGCCAGCCUGGCCCUGAGGACGCAGCUGCUCGCUUGCUUAUGACACAGGAUCUAUGGGGACAGCAGAGAAUGUCUGUAGUUUGAAGUGCUUUCCACACCUCAGCUCAAGAUCCAUGGCAGGAGUGAGGGCCCAGACUGUGGCAAGGCCCUAGCCGUGGCUAACUCUGUGGUUGUGUUCAGCAGGGUGGCUGAGGGUGUUUCCCUAAGAAUACCCCUUAAUAGAAAUCAAGAACCUUGAGUCAUUUUGGAAAAGAGACUAAUAGCACCUAAUCCGGCACCAUGCACACAGUAGACACUUAGUGUUUAAGUGAAUAGAUGAAUGACCAAGUUUCAUAGCCACAGUCAGUGUUUGCUGGUAAUAAGGGCUCUUUUCAGGAUAUUGUUCCAAGGGAGGUGAGGAGUUAAGAGGGUGAGAAAAAGCUUCCCUGUGAAUCCCAUUAAGAUAAUGCCUCAGUCCACAGAUUUCAGUGCCCAUGAAAAUCCAGUGCUACAGAUAACAAACCAGGUUACUUCAAUCUCAUUUAAUUUUUAAAACACUUGAAUUUUACCAGUUAAAUCUACAAGAUCAACAUUUUAAAAGGAAAAAAAAAAAAACUUUCAAAGCCAAGGGAAAAUUUCAUUUGUCUCCAAUCAAGGAGUCUCAUCUUGGCUUUUGUCUGCCAAGAGCUAGAUAAAGUAUUUAGAAAAGGCACAAUUGUGUCAGGGACAGAUCUCUGGAUUUUGUCAUUGAAGCACCUGGGGGACAAUAAUGGCUACUAUUAGCUGUGCAACUUUGAGCAGAUUAGUUAAGUUCUCUGGACCUGUUUUUUCAUCUAUAAAAUGAGUGAGAUGGACUAGAUAAUCUCUAAGAUUCCUUCCAGUUCUUGAUACUUGGAUCUCAUAAAACUCAGGCUAACCAGUUUUUGGUUACUGAGUCAUCUGCCUCUUAACACUCCAGCCUAGGGAAAUAAGUGCACCCAAAUAAUCCCCUGCUGUGUUUUAAAUGGACAAGUACUAAUGUCCCCAGGUGCCUGUAACAAAAGUAGGAUCCUUGAUUGGUAUGAUUGGUCAAUACAAGAUUCUGGAAAGAUUUCACUGCCUCUCCAGCCCAUCUAGCUUUGUUUUUGUGCCCCUGUGUUGUGGGUACAGAGCUUCCUUUCUGGUGAACUGCAAACACGGGUUAGGGAAGGUGAUGGAUCUGGAGGCACAGUCACUGAUCUGAACUGAUGGAACUCCUGCCAAGACUGGUAAUGUUUGCCCGAGUAAAAGGUGCUUGGUUCUCAUUAAAGGUGACAGGAGGUGGGUAGGAGGCAAGCAUGGUGCAUAUGACUGACAAGGCCAUUUAUUCAGUGGCUCUUCAGGAAGCACAGCAUGUGGGAAGGUAAUAAGGGCCUAGCCAGUUGUAGGACUGGAGUUUCUAGGCUGCCUGUGUCCCAAAGGAACCUAGACUUCACAAACAGAAGGAAAUCACUCCAACAUCAUUUCCACACUCCAUCCUGUCCAGGAUUCUUUCUCUGAUGAGAGCCAUCAAGUGACUUGAUUGCUCCCAGACAAUUCAAAUUUUUAGCUUAGCCCACUGACUACCAUCAUGAAUAUAUUUACUCCCUUUGGGAAAGCUGUUUGUAUAUUCAGCCUCAAUCACCUCUUGGGGGUAGGGGGACAAUGAAUUUCACAUGUUUCCUUUCCACUCUGUAAGCAGGACAAAUUUUUUAUUUGUCUUAAAACUACCUCUUUUCAGCUCUAUGGAGGUGCCCAAGUUCUAGUUUCCAGGGUUUGGGAAACAAGUGCUUGUUUGUCCCUUUCUACCUCCCCCUUUCUAUAAGUUAGAGUGAUCCAAAGGUAGAAUGAGCUGCCCCAGGAGGUGGUAGAGUUCCUGUCACUGGAAGUAUUGAAACAGGUCACAGAACAACAUGCUGGUGAUAUUUUAUAGUAGAUCUCUCUUAGGUACAGGUUGGGCUACAGCCCCUCCAAGGUUCUAACCAGAUUUGAAGUUGCAUAAUUUCCUAAGUGAACAAAUUUCUGUGCAAGCCAAUGGACUAACUUUUUAUUAAAGAUUAAGACCGGGGAUGAUAGCAGGGUUUGCUGCCAGAAAGACCGAGACUGGUGGAAUCCUUAAGUUCAGUAGUUCUGGGCUGCAGUGGACUAAGCUGAUUGGGUAACACCAAUAUGGUGAGCCUCCUGGAGCAGAGGUCUACCAGGUUACCAUCUAAGAUGGGGGGGGGGGGGGGGAAGGUCAGAACUUCCAUGCUGAUUAGAAAUAGAAUCUGUGGUAAGUGGCCAACUGUACUUUCAGCCUGGCUGAGACAGCCAGAUUAAAAAAAAAAAAAAAAAAAAA